AUGUCCUUCUUUCCCGGCAAUCACUGGCUGUUCUUCUCCGUACACCUGUUCGCCUUCCUCGUGGGGCUCCCGCUCAACCUGCUGGCCCUGGUGAUCUUUGUGGGCAAGCUGCGGCGCCAGCCGGUGGCCGUGGACCUGCUCCUGCUCAACCUGACGCUCUCCGACCUGCUCCUACUGCUCUUCCUGCCCUUCCGCAUGGUGGAGGCGGCCAGCGGCAUGCGCUGGCCCCUGCCCUUCAUCCUCUGCCCCCUCUCGGGCUUCCUCUUCUUCACCACCAUCUAUCUCACCUCCCUCUUGCUGACCGCCGUGAGCGUCGAGCGCUUCCUGAGCGUGGCCUACCCGCUGUGGUACAGGACGCGGCCCCGGCUGGGCCAGGCCGCUCUGGUCAGUGGGCUCUGCUGGUUCCUGGCCGCGGCGCACUGCAGCGUGGUCUACAUCACCGAGUACUCUGGGAACGCCUCGCGCAGCCAGGGCACCAACGGCACCUGCUACCUGGAAUUCCGGGAGGACCAGCUGGCCAUCCUCCUGCCUGUGCGCCUGGAGAUGGCUGUGGUCCUCUUUGGGGUGCCCCUGCUCAUCACCAGCUACUGCUACAGCCGCCUGGUAUGGCUCCUCUGCCGGGGAGCCAGCCGGCGCCGGCGCCGGCGGGUGGCGGGGCUCGUGGCUGCCACGCUGCUCAACUUCCUCGUCUGCUUUGGGCCCUACAACGUGUCCCAUCUCGUGGGCUACGUGCGGGGCGAGAGCCCGCCGUGGAGGAGCUACGUGCUACUGCUCAGCACCCUGAACUCCUGCGUCGACCCGCUCGUGUACUACUUCUCAUCGUCUCGCUUCCAGGCCGACUUCCAGCAGCUGCUGAGGAGGCUGGCGGGGGGCUGGAGCCCUCGCAGGCAGAAGUGCACCGUGGAACUCAAGGUCCAGGCUGCAGGGGGUGGGCAGGUGCAGGACUGUCCAUCAUAG